CUUCCAAAGCUCAAGAAAAUCAGUCAAUCUCUCUCAGAAAAGUGUUGUGCUUCAUCCUCAUAAGCAUACAAAUAUAAAAAUGGCGUCUCCAGCAAUUUGUGAUCGGAACAAUCGCAAUGAUGGAGAAAAUGGCAGUUGGUCGAUGGGUUUGUGUGGGAAGGUAAUGAAUAAGGUGGUGGAAUUUCCAAUAAAAUUAAAGAAGCUUGGACAAGAUGAUCCCAGAAGGGUUGUUCAUUCUCUUAAAGUUGGAUUAGCAGUUCUUUUGGUGUCAUUGCUCUAUUACGUCCAGCCCGUCUAUAACGGCCUUGGUGACACUACCAUGUGGGCUGUUAUAACUGUGGUUGUUGUCUUCGAAUUUUCAGUAGGAGCAACAUUAGGAAGAGGUUUAAACAGGAUCUUGGCCACAUUCCUAGCAGGUGCUCUAGGAUUUGGUGUUCAUCACCUGGCAAGUAUUUCUGGAGAAAUAGGUCAUCCGAUUCUCAUCGGCAUCUUCGUCUUUCUACUAGCUGCAUCGGUGACAUUUAUACGUUUCUUUCCACGGAUGAAGGCGAGAUUUGACUAUGGACUGCUCAUUUUUAUCUUGACAUUCUGUUUGAUAUCGGUGUCGGGAUACAGAGAAGAGGAGAUACUAGAAAUGGCUCACAAGAGGGUGUCGACAAUCCUCAUAGGUGCCUUUACAGCUGUUUUUGUGUGCAUUUUCAUUUGCCCGGUAUGGGCUGGUGAUGAUCUGCACAAUUUAGUUGCCAAUAACAUUGAAAAGCUCGGGAGCUUCUUGGAAGGUUUUGGGGAUGAAUACUUCAAAGUAGCUGGCAAUGGAGAAUCUAAUAGGGCACAUUUGCAAGGAUAUACUAGUGUUCUCAAUUCAAAACAGAGUGAAGAAACUCAGGCCAAUUUUGCAAGGUGGGAGCCUAGACAUGGAAAGUUUAGGUACCGUCAUCCUUGGAGGCACUAUCUCAAAAUCGGAAACUUAAACCAGCAAUGCGCCUACCGGAUUGAAACUCUCAAUGGCUACCUCAACUCUGAAAUCCAGACACCAUUGAACAUCCAAAGCAACAAAGUUCAGGAGCUGUGCAUGAAGAUGAGUUCAGAAUCAGGCAAAGCACUGAAAGAGCUAGCAUGGGCACUCAAAACAAUGACUGAGCCAUGCGCUGCUGCCAGCUCCCACAUAACAAAAUCAAGAGCUGCAGCCAACAAUCUCACAUCCAUGUUUAGGACUAGUGCAGCGGCAGCGGCAGGAGAGGGUGGAUAUCAAGUUCGCCUCCAAGACAUGGUGCCCGCUGUGACCGUUGCUUCGCUGCUAAGCGACGUCGUUGCUUACGCCGAACAAAUUGAGAAGUCCAUUCAGGAACUGGCCUCCUUUCCACAUGUGCAGUUCAAGAGUGCAGAACCAAAAACAUUGCAGUCAUGUAAUACCUCUUCCAGCAACGUGGGACCGCAUCAUGUCAUCACGAUGGAUCGACUAGCAUCUCUACAAGUUCAAGAACCACACAAGGAAAUUGGAACCAAAUUACAAAGAGUUAGUAGCGCCAUAUGAUAAUUGGAUCAGCCCCAUUUUCAUUUCCUUCUCCUUGGUAACAAGAGAUAGAGAGAGGAGAGAGAGAGGGAGAAAGAAAUGUGUCAAAGCCCUUGCAGCUUUUGAUCAUUGUCUCAUUUUGCCCUUCAUCUGCCCAUAAGUCUGAUUCUGAACUCUUAACCGCCCUUCUCGGACCCCUAGCUCUUCAUUAUCUGGGCAUGCCAGCCAUAUCUCUCUGUGAUUCACUAUAUAUAUUGGUGAUAACUUUUAUUUCGAUUCUUAUUUUUUUUAUUUUGUUGAUAGGUUAGAAUGGUCUUUCACCUUCUUUUAAUUGAUAAAGAGAAUUCUAUUAAAUAUUAAAGAUAUACAAUAAUAUUUUAAAUUUAAGUGGUGA